CGGGAAUUUUGAAUGUGGGUCGGUUGGUGGUGGCUACGUUUGUUGUUAAAGCGGCGGCGGCGGCUCCGGACUUGUGAUGGAGGAGAACAUGAAUGAGUCAAGGAUGCGAUUGGCUCGCCUUUCAAACCGACUAGCAUACCUUCGAACGAAACAGGAGGAAGCAAAUAAAACUGAGGAGCUGAAAAGUAACUCUGAUAUUACGGAUCACACUGCCACAAUCAGACAAAUUAUGGCUGAUGGAAACUUUCCAGAAGACUGGUUUGUCUACCUUCAAAAAGUGGAAAAGAUGGGUGAUCCUCAAACUAAUGAAACCCUAUUGAAUAGGCUUAUAGACCUCUACAAUGACACAGUUGCUGCCCUAUCAGUUGAGAAGCAUUAUGCAAACGAAUGCUACGCUCGCAUCUUGAUACGUUUUGCAGAACUUAAGGUUUUUGUAGAUGCAGAUGAAGCACAGGAGCAAUUCAACUUGGCUAGAGUGAACUGCAAGAGAUUUGCCUUUGUACACAUAGCAUAUGCACAAUUUGAGCUUAAUCGAGGAUCUGUAAGGAAAUGCAGAACCAUUCUUCAGAAAGCUCUGGAUAUGAAAGCAAAACCCAUAGAGCUCUUGGAAAUUGCUUUUCAAAAUUUAAACCAGGGAAAUAUGCAGCUCUUAUUACCUGAAGAUAAAGAAAAUCUAUCUGUGACAAUGUGUAAAAUGACCCCAAGUGUGUUAUCAACUGAUAUUGUUUCAUUGAACAAGAACAGAAAAAACAGUGAUAGUUCUGAAGAAUUUCAAAUUGAUGCUGUUUCAUCUUUCAGGGCUGAUGUGAGCAGCUUGACUAAAGAGAAUGAUGGAUCACUCUUGGAGCAGAUAACUGUCAAGCAGCUUAAAAGCAGUGCUGAUAGCCCGGUCUUACAAACAGGCAAUGUUCCCUUUCAGCCAACGAGUGAAGCAGUGAGUGGCUUAAAGAAGAUGGAUAUUCCCUCUGUGAAGAUGCAAACUUGCACAUUAAAAGCAAUGAGUGUAUUAGCUUCAGCACUUCAUCAACCAGAUUCAUGUGCCCAGAACUUGAAGUGCCAUUCAAGUGUUACUGAUUCCCCAGAUUUGCAAAACUCAAAUGAAGAUAGUGAAAAUGUGAAUACUUCUCCCAUCUUCACAGGCAACAGGCUAUUUGAUUUAAAAAAGCAAGGAGCUGCUCCUGAUCAUAUUAAGCAAGACAACUGUGAACUAAAAUCUGCUAACUUGAAGAAAAACGGCUUAAAGGAAUCCAAGAUGCACACUGUUGAAGUGAUAAAGAAACAAGGUUGUUUUGCUGGAGAAGCUGUCAAAGGAAAAGAAAUAUUUGGCUGCGCUUUUGCUCACAUUUCACCUGAGGCUAAUGGACCAAUCUUUAAUAAGGCUGGUGAAAUGCUUGCUCCGAAGAAAAUUCCAUCCUCUAGUGGUGUUGGUAAAAGUGCAGUUCCAACAGCAUCUACUUGUCAGACACCCAGUACCAAGAUGUCCAACCAUUACACAUGCAGUUCACAGACUCCAGUUGUGACCAAAUCUAAACUGGCGCAGGGUUCAACUCCACACAAUUUUACACCAGCAUCCCAAUUUUACACCAGUUUUCCACCUACUCCAGCAACUCCACAACAGCAUUACAGUCAGCUCCAACAAUAUGGAUCUUCUCAGCUUGUGCCACAAUUAGGGAUUCCAGGUACUUUUGCUGCCAGUGAAACAAUCGUGAUUAAGGAGAGAGUCUACUCUGUAAUAAAAUUGCUUGGAACUGGAGGAUCAAGUAAGGUAUUCCAAGUACUUGACCAGAAGAAACAACUGUAUGCUAUUAAACAAGUUAAUCUGCAGGAUGCAGAUGAUUUUGCAGUUGCAGGCUACAAAGACGAAAUUGAAUACUUGAAACGUCUACAGCAACACAGUGACAAAAUAAUCAAGCUUUUUGACUAUGAGGUCACAGAAAAUUAUAUCUAUAUGGUAAUGGAAUUGGGAAAUGUAGAUUUAAACACACUGCUCCGAAGAAAAAAGGUCAUCAAGCCGCUAGAGCGCAAACUGUACUGGGAAAACAUGUUGGAAGCUGUUCACACAAUUCAUCAGCAUGGCAUUAUUCACAGUGACUUGAAACCAGCCAAUUUUCUGGUUGUUGAUGGAAUGCUGAAAUUGAUAGAUUUUGGUAUUGCUAACGAGAUACAGCCAGAUGUGACCAGUAUUAGUAAAGAUGCUCUGGUUGGCACAUUAAAUUUCAUGGCUCCCGAGACGAUUAAGGAUACAUUUUCUAAUGGUGAAAACAGAUCAAAGUCCAAGAUCAGUCCAAAGAGUGAUGUAUGGUCCCUCGGCUGUAUCUUGUAUUACAUGACUUAUGGGAAGACUCCAUUUCAGCACCUUACAAACCAUAUCAGCAAACUGCAGGCUAUUACAGAUCCAAACUAUGAAAUAAAAUUCCCUGUCAUUUCAGAAACAGAUCUUCUUGAUGUACUGAAGAGAUGCUUGGUAAGGAAUCCAAAGGAAAGGAUUUCAAUCACUGCACUGCUUGAACAUCCUUAUGUGCACCUUCAAGUUCGGCAACAGUCAGUUGAACCCAAGACAUCCAGAAAAGAAAUGCAUCACAUCUUAAGCCAGUUGGUAGCUCUGAAUUCUCCAAACAGCAUCACAAGGGCAACUAGAGCAUUAUGGGAACAGUGCAACAAUGGCCAUGAUCUCGAUGUGUCUGCUUUUAGGAAGUCAUCCCAGCACAAUGUAUAGCAAAUAUAAUGAUGCAUUCGUCUGAAACCUGUGAAUCAAGACAGAGAAUCGCAGAUGCCAAGAAAGGAGUUGGACAAAGUCUCUUUGAACUAGAGUGAUGGAAAAUUAAUCUAAUUCUUUAAAAACUCUCUCAUGGUUAUCUUUGCUCUUGUUUGUGUUUAUAAUGUAGCCUGUGUAAUAUCAUGUUAUCUUGACAUCUUACUAAUAGCAGUGAUGUUCUACUGAUUUACCAAAAGAGGUUCACCCUGAGAACUAGGAAAAUUUUUAGCGAUUAUAGGUUUCCUCUUAGUGAGAUAACAAAUAUUUUUUCUUUUCUACAUGUCAGGCUCGAAAUUAGGGGCAAAGUAUGGCCCUCUCCAAAUUUCGCCAAUCUUGGCAGAUCAACCAACAUUGCCUUGUCUGAUCUUUCUGCAUUUGGCUUUAUUAUUUUAAGGGUGUGUGAGAUAACAAAAUAUUUGACAAUCCUACCCAACGUUAUCUGGAUUUGCGAACUGAAUGAAGACCACGUAAGUAAUUUGCAGACAGCUCACAUUCAAAGAUUUUUUCACUCCCACCCUUAAAGUUAAAAUCAAACAUGGGUAUCGCAGGUCAAAAGGUAGAGUUUAACCCCCUCUACCUUUUUACUUUUUGAAUAUUAAAGCCUCAAGUUUGUAUUUAAUUGAUUAUUCAAUUAAAAUUUGAGGUGUCAGGCUCAACCUUUCCCUAUUUUUGUAGGGAAUUUUUAUGCUAAAGUAACAGGGCAAUGUAUUGCAUCACCUAGCUACCUGCAUAUGCACUGUCUUGAUCCGUUAAAACACUUAGACCAAGUUUUAUGUCUGCUUCAAUUCAAAGUUAAAUGUACAAAUAGUCUUGUAUGUUCAAGGCAAUAAUCAUCUGAUUGCAAUUGUCACUAACAUGCAAGGCCUAACUAAUUUGGAAAUGCAAAUAAAAAAGACUUGCAGGAAAAUACAUUAUUCUUCACCCCAAAUAGUUUCCUGUGGUUAAUUUGCCAUGAAUUUCUGUAUAUUGUAAUGUUUGUUCUAUUCUCUAAUAGAUGUGUCAGAUUGUAUUUUCUCCUUGAAGUCUCCUUGAGAUGUGUACAAAAACUAUUAAAAACAUGAGUUGGUCAUAGGAGAACUUGAUGAAGAGUUUGUUGGACAACUAGAGUUCAGAUUGCUAUCUUAUUGAGAGGAGAGAAAAGAGCAUUCACUUGUAAAUCUUGUUGUCUUGCUUUAACUGAGCGAAAGUUGAAGUUGACUGAUAAUUUGUGAAAUUCUGAGGCUUAAGUUACAGCAAUGUUAUAGUGUGAAAAGUAUUAUUGUAAAAAUAUAAUAUGCUCAUGCACUCUAAACAUAAUAUCACUAACUUCAGAAUAUAUCUCAUAAUUUUUGAACAGAUUCCAUGUAAUUUUAUGUAUUGUUUAUUGCUCACUUGAAAUGUUAUCUGAAUAAUUAUGAAUAAAACUUGGUGUAGUCUUCCUAUUCCAAUUCAGGAUUUUCACCAAAUCAGCUUUUCUUCAUGAUGUAAUGAUUACAGUACUGACAAAUACAACUAUUUCUUUUCAAGAGGGGUUCAGCAAUGAUUUUUAAUGUUUAAAACUGAUGCCAGUAGCCAUUCAUCUGUUGUGAAUUUUUAUGCAGUUACCUGUGUGUGUGAUGUUUUUCAGUAAAUUGAAUGUUAGUUACA